UUAAUAACGCAAUAUCAAUGUUAAUAAAAAUACAUAAUUAUAAAGUGAUUGGCAUUUGCCUAGUUCUUCAAUAUCUGCAAAAUGCUAAUGCUGCCUGCCACGAGGGUCAAUUUCAAUGCAAUAAUGGAGAGUGUCUGAGUGCUGAUGUUAAGUGUAAUACUAAGUUGGAUUGUCGAGACGGAAGUGAUGAGACCUUUGAGCAUUGCUAUCAGUCCAAGUGUUCGAGUUAUCGAUGUUCCUACGGUGCCUGUUUGGAUGAAUCUAAAUUCUGUGAUGGAAAAAAAGACUGCUGGGAUGGUACAGAUGAAGUUCAGUUAAAUUGUGCGAACAACACUCAUCUGGACGAGCUUUAUAAAAAUGAAAUACGUGGAGAAUGUAUUCACGAAGCGUACACACAAUUUCAAUGUCGGCGAUCCAAGGAGUGUAUUUCAUACAAUCGGGUAUGCGACGGUGUUGAGGAUUGUAAGGAUCAAUCGGAUGAAUCAAGUAAUCUAUGUGUUGCUAGCAUCUGCCCUGAGGAAUCUUUUCGCUGCGCCUAUGGAGCGUGUAUUGCAAAAACCGCUGUCUGUAAUGAAAAAUACGAUUGUCGCGAUGAAUCAGAUGAGCUGGAAUCUAUUUGUAAAAGUUGGCCUAACAUUUCCUCUGAAGCAAAUACAAAUACACACACACACAUCAAUACAGAUACUCCCAACAUUUCAAUACCACCGGAUCGUAGGAAGAAAAGCUGCACUGUACCGACAAAUGACACGGCUCUGGUAAUAGGGACCGCGUACAGUGGCAUGCGUAUAAUGAAAGUUGAUGUUUCCCAUCAAAUGACAGUUCGUUAUCGCUGCGAUCCGCAGCACGUUCUUGAAGGCACCGACAUGAAUACCUGUGACAAUGGUAAAUGGUUGGCACCUUGGCCCAAGUGUGUUAAAGUCUGUGACAGCAGAAGGAUUACAAUCGAUACCAGAAUUAAUGCCCUUUGCCGUUAUCAGGGUGAGAUCUUCGACUGUUCCAAAGAGCCAACAAUUUUGAACACCACUGUGGAAGUUAAAUGUGGUCAGGGCUAUAUUCACCAAGAUGAUGUCAAAGAAGAUAGUCUAUUCUGUGAUAGCGAUGGUCAUUGGAAACGUUCUGAUCCCAAAUCGCCUGUCCUUAAAUGUGAGAUUGAUUGUGGCAAGACUUUUGGCACAGUAAAAGAAGAUCCUUGGUUGGUCAGCAUAUAUCACAACACUUCAAAUAGUAGUUUUAGUUUCAGUUGCCUGGGUGCAAUUAUCGAUCCGUUUAAUGUCAUGACUACAGCAAAAUGUUUUCCCGCAAAUUCCAUCUCCCAUAAGUUCCUUGUUGUCUUGGGCAACAAUACAAUUGGCUUUAACUUGGAGGAGGAACACGGCUUUGAUAUAAGUUAUAUUAAUAGCAUCUACAAUUUUGGGUCACUUUCCAUGAUCACGACGGUUAGUCCCUUCGUACUCUCAGCCAAAGUGCGUCCAAUUUGCCUGCGGAGUUUCCCAGAUGACAUUUCGAAAAAUGAGGAGCCGGUGGAAUCUUGGAGAGCACUUGGAGAACCUUUGGUGUAUUUUGAUCCCGAGCUACAUAGAUACUUUCUCACAAAUAUUGUGGUAAACCAUAAGAGGAUGGGUUACUAUUAUGAAACGAAGACAUUAUGAAUAAUUAUGAAUUAAAGGGUUGCUAACUUUUCAUUUUUUUCUAUAUUUGUAAUAACAGAAAUAAAAACAAGUGGAAUCCGACCACUGCUCACUUCGCUAA